AUGGACUGGGUUUCCUUCCAAAACAAAGAAAGCUCCAUUCUUUCCACUACCCAAUUCCCACAACCGCCGCCCCCGCCGACACUCGCCGGCGGCGGCGUGUUCAACCUGGAGAACAAGGUCAGUCCGAGCAUUCUACUAAUCAUCAUAAUCCUCGCCAUCAUCUUUUUCAUCUCCGGCCUCCUCCACCUCCUGGUCCGGUUCAUGAUCCGACCCGGAUCCGUCGCCGGCCGAGGCGGCGACCGGGACUACGAGCUGGACAGCGUCACGGCGCUGCAGGGCCAAUUGCAGCAGCUGUUCCACCUCCACGACGCCGGCGUCGACCAGUCCUUCAUCGACACGCUCCCGAUCUUCCUCUACGACUCCAUCGUCGGCGGACCCCCCGACGACGAAAAGUCGGCACCUUUCGAUUGCGCCGUCUGCUUGUGUGAGUUCGCCGCCGCCGACAAGCUCCGGCUACUCCCGAAGUGCAGCCACGCAUUCCACAUGGAGUGCAUCGACACGUGGCUGCUGUCCCACUCCACCUGCCCUCUCUGCCGAUCCUCCCUCGUCGCCGACUUCUCCGCCGCUAACCACGGCGGCGGGAACGGAAGCAACAACCCCCUCAUCCCCUGUUCUCCGAUCGUUCUGGUCCUCGAAUCCGGCAGCGAGAGAAGCUCGCGAGAAAUCGAAAACAGUAACACCCUCGGAAGGACUAAUUCCAUCGGCAGCGCUUGUUCGUUGGUGGGUUGCCAAGGGGACAAAGAAUCGGGCUCCUGUCGGGUCGAAAUUCCGCCGCCGGAGGCGGAAACCGGAUCUGGGUCGGGUCACGACCGGGUCCUCAGGGUCAAACUGGGGAAAUUCAGAAACGUGGAAGCCAGCGGAAGCGGUAGUGGCGAUGAUACUGUGAGGAGAUGCUAUUCGAUGGGAUCGUUUCAGUACGUGAUGGACGAGAGCUCUUCACUGCAAGCUCCGAUAAGGUUUUCGCCGGCGGCCGCGGGCAAGAAGAGGAACCCUGCAACAGGUCGGCCUGCAAUGUCGGUCUGCGGGUGCGAAUCGGCGAGGGAGUUCGGCCAAUUCGGUGAAGGGAACGCGAGCAUUGUACCGGCGGGGAACGGGGGUAGAGAAAGCUCCUCGAUUUCGAAGAUUUGGACGAGAGGAGGCAAGAAGGGUGAAGGAAAACAGGGGAUUUCGGAAACAGGGGAAUUGAGUUCGAGGAGGACAGCAGUUUCUUUCAGGUUUCCGGUCAGCAGCGAAUUGGGAUUUUCCGGUGAACAGAGCUGCGGCAGUAGUGGACGGGAAUUGGGAGAUGGAAAGACGCCAUCUUUUGCUAGGAGGACUUUGCUCUGGCUUGCCGGGAAGCAGAACAAGGUGGUUCAUUCAAAUUUCACUCCAGAUGUUUAG